AUGAACGAAAAAGUACUUUUAACACCUGAACAAUAUUUAAUUAGUAUACAACAGUCGGAAUUUACAUCAAGAAAAUUCCUUACCUAUAUUGUUUCGAAAAAUAAUCAACUCUUAUCUGAGCCUAUUAAUAUCUCAGAUAUCGCAAUUCAAAAAAAACAUGCAAUUGAAAUUAUACUCUCAAAAAAAUUGACUAUAUUUGAUAAAGAACGUCAUAAAUUAUUUGAUCAUUUGAAUUUAAAUGAAACUAAAAAUGAAUUUUUAAAAAUUAUACUCAAUGAAUAUGAACUCAUGAAUGGUUAUGUACAAGAUCGACUUGAUAAAUUAAAAAUUGAAGAAAAAAUCAUUGAACAAAUUGUACCUAUUCUAGAUGAACAAUAUAAUAAUAUUUCAAUAGAUCAAAUAGAAUAUAAACAAGAACAAUCUAAUAUGGAUAAUCUUGUUAAUACAAUGAGAUCAAUUGUACAAUUAGAUGAAAAAUUAACUGAAUUACGAAAGACUAAAACUUUUGAAAUAUCAGAUAUUGAAAAACUUGAAAGUAAUCUUAUUCAUCAAUUAAUUCAAGUUUCUAAUCAACUUGAUGAUGUAUCAAUUAUUAAACAAGUUGAAAAUUUGACUAAUCAUUUUCAAAAUACUCAACUUCUUACCGAACUACGACCUAUUAUUCUCUCUGGUAUUAAAAAUCGUGCUAAAACAAUUCAGAAAAAAUGUGAAACAUUAUUAAUAAAUAUUCAUAAAAAAUCUAAUCAAUUAAAACAACCAGAACAAAUUCGAUUUGAAUAUAUUCAAUAUUUAACUAAACAAUUAAAUGAACAAAUAGAAUACGAAAAUGAUGUUGAACAUUUUUAUAACAAAAUCGAACGAAUGCAAUACGAAUUUUAUCAAAAACUUGCUGAUUCAUUAGAAACAAUAGAAAUUGAAGAUCUUGAUAAUGAAAUAAAACACAAAUACAAUAUAGAAAAGAUUCAAAUUCCGGAUUAUCUUGAAAGUAAAAAUGAAAAAUUAAUUUAUAAAUUUAAUCUUAUUCUUCGAUAUCUUCAUGAUAAAUUUAAAAUGAUUGAACAAUAUAAAAAAGAUUUAUUGAAUGAAACGAAACGAUUUCUUAUUGAAUCAAUUGAUAAUGAAUAUUCCUAUGUUCAACAAAUAUAUUUUAUUCAAAAUGAAAUUAAAAUAAAUAAUAAUAAUAAAUUAUUAAAAUAUAUUGAAAAAUAUAAAACUAUAUUAAAUAAAUUAGAAACAAUCGAUAAUAAAAAUUUAGAGUAUGAUUUUCUCUUAUCAAAACUUGAUCGUUUACAUGAAAUCAUAACGAACAAUUAUCAAAUUAAACUUCCUAAUAAUAAUACAAAUAUUGAAUCUAUACGUAGCACAUUAAAUAAUAUAAGAAAAACGAUUAAGAAAGAAUUACAAGUAUUCGAUAUAACAAGAAAUGACUUAUUACGAAAACUGAAUGUACUCAAUAAAAAAGAAGAAUUGAAACAACGUACAAAAAUAACUACAAACCAAGAAGAAUCUCAAUUGAGUUCACUCAAUGCAUACAUUCAACAAUCAAUAAAUGAACCAAUGAAUAUUCAUCAUGAAUUUUAUGCAAUAAAAAUUCAACAAAUUACUAAUGAUUUAAUGUCUAUGUUUCAUAUACAACCUUUACCUCAAAUGAAUUUAGUUAGUAAAACAUUGGAUCAUUUAGAAAGUUAUAUUGAAAAUUUGGAUAAACUAAUGAAUGACAAUGAAAAUAAAUUAAAAUAUGUUGCGGAAGAUCUACUUGCUACACGAAAAUAUUCAAUGAUUGACAGUCUUGUUCGAGAAGAAUUUGAAGAUUUAAUAAUGCAACAAAAUAAAUUAAUACAUUGUCAACAAUCGAUUAUUAAAAUGCGAACAAUAGCAACUGAAGUAUUUAAUCAUUUUCAAUCAUUAGGUAUUUCUAAUUCUGAUAAAGCGAAUAGUCAACAACAAUUCAAAGAGUUUAAACAAAGAGCUAUGGAAACAAUUAUUCAAUCUAUUGAAUAUGAGAAUUUAUCUAAAUGUGUAUCACCUCAUCUAUUAUUAUUACAUAAAUUUACUUCUGGACAAGAAUUAAUACCCUCGAUAUCAUCAUCUUCUACUAAUCUAUUUCAAUUAGAAACAAAAACACAUGUUGAUCAAGAAUUAUCAUUUCAAACUUUUCUUCUUCAAAGUCAAUCAUCAGCUAGUUUUCAAAAAGAUUCUAUCGAACAAUAUGCUUCAUUAGAUUUAAAAACUCAAAUAUUACAUAUAGAAAUUAUGUACCUUCAGAAACAACAUGCUGAAGCUAUUGCUGUUGGUGAUUUUAGUCAACAAUUAGCAGCUGAACAAAUUAUUUCUACCAAACUUCAACUAAUCAAACAAUCUCAAAUAGAAAUUCAAGAUUCUUCAUCAAUGACAAAUCAACAAUCAGUUAAAUAUAAUAAAUCAAAAACUUCAAUAAUAUCAACAAGUAUUAGUCGUAAAUCUCUUCCAACAAAUGAAACUGAUGAACAAAUACGUAAACUUUUAAAAAAUCAUAUUAAAAGUUUACAAACGCGCAUUGAAAAUGAUGAAUCAAAACUUUCUUCUAUUGAAGGUUUUCGUCAAUUAAAUAAAGAUUUGAAAAAAUCUCGCCAAGAAAAUAAUCGUGAAAAACAAAUUGAUAUACAACUACAAAUUCUAAAUAAAAUUAAUGAAUCAAUCAAUCCAGAAAUCUUGCAAAAUCUUCGUCAACAUCUUCUUGAAGAACAAUCGUAUGAUAAAUCUCAUGUUUUACAAUUACCAUAUUCAGCUGUAGUCGAACAAAGACAGAGUACAAGUAUUUCAGAACCAACAAAACAACUUGUUACUGGUGAAUUAAUACCACAGAUUGAUUCAGUAGAACGAACAAAAACAUCGUUUGUAACGACUGAUUCGAAAGAAUUAUAUCAAACAUUACAAAAAAUGAAAUAUUCUAUUGAAAUAGCUUUGGAAGGUACGCAACAAACGUCAAAUAUUGAAGAUAGCAAAUAUUCAUUAUCAGUACCAAAACCAGUAAGAAGUGGCAUAUCAAUCGAACAUGAUGAAGAACUUGCCAGAACAGAUGAUAUUCAUAUUAUUCGUAUUCCGACUCAAAGUCAAUUGCAAUUGAAUUCUACUGAAGGAACAUACAGUUCAUUAGUUUCUACAAAUAAUAUUCUUGAUUCAACAAUUAUCUCUCCUUUGAAAGAAAUUGAUAUCAUUACAUCUGAUCAUAAAAAAUUAUCAGUAGUAGGAAAUGCUAAAAAAUAUUCAAUUCUACAUAAAAAAGCUAAUGAUCGACAAAUUGCUACUACAACGCAACGGUCUAUUAUUCAAACACAACGAGAAUACGGAGAAGUUUAUACUCGAAAUCGAUUUCCAACUAACACUUCUUCGGUAUCAGAUAUAAAUGAAGAUCAAAAUAAUAUUGAAGAAAAACUUUAUAGUAAAAUCAAAAGAAAAUCACGUUUAGUAAAAUAUGAAAAGACAAAACAAGGUAAUACUGUUAUUCAUCAGCAAGUGAAUUUAUCAACGCAUACUCUUCUAAUUCCACAACGAGUAAUCUAUGAAGAAAAUCUUGAACCAGCACCACCAUUGAUUCAUGUAAACGACACAACUAAUUCUACAUUUAAUGUUGAACAUCAAACUUCGAAUGUCAUCGAGAAUGAUCAUCAAAAUAAAAAAUCUGAUAUUAAACUACCAUUUCAUUUCUCAAACAUUCUCUCUCCUAUUCAAGAAGAAAUCGAAACAACAGAUGAUAUACCACUUAGUCCUACAAAUCAAGAUCUAUUAGCAGAAAAACAUUCAACUGAUACCAAAGAUAGAAUUACUGAAUUUAGCACUUUUAGUGAUGAUAAAAAAUCAUCAGAAAAAUUAAGUGCUACUCAAGAUUUGUCUUCAGGCAAAUUGAAUGUAUCAGAUACUCAUCAAUCUAUUCACGAAACACAACAACAACAAAUCGAUGAAAAUAAACAAAUCACUAAUAUUACAUCGUCUGUUUCUUUGCCCAAUAAUUCUCAAAUAUUAAAAACUAUUAAAAAGAAGAGUCAUGAAUCAACUUUACUUGAACAAAUUAGAGACGAACAAUUAAUAACAAAUGAUGAAUCACUCUCGACACAAGAAUUUGAUAUUGAACAAGAAAUUCUAAUUACACCCGAAAAUAAAGUUAUUUAUCACAAAGUUGGUGGUAAAUUAAAACGUGGCAAGAAAAAGAAAACUAAACAAGCAAAAACUAGUCACAAUAAAGUAAAAACGAAAGUUAAAAAAAUUGAUACAACAUUACAAUCUGAAUCAAUACGUUUACAACCACGAAAAGCAGUUCCAUUGAUUUCAGCUACUAAAAAUGAACAGAUUGAUGUUGAAGAAGAUAUACCGAUAAAAUCUCGAAAGAAAAAACGAACACGUUCAUCUAAAUCACGUCGUAAACGUACAAGAUCAAAAUCACGAAAGAGAAGAAAAAAGAAAAGCAAAACUCGAGCAAAAAAUCAAUUAAAUCUAGAAGAAAAAAUCGAUAAUACUCAAACUAAUUCAAAACUAAUAACAAAUAAAGAUGCUAUUGCAAUCCAUUUACUUAAUGUAAAAAGAUUUACUGGUUCUCCAUUAUCUCCAAUUUCUUAUGAUCAAACUCACCAUGAAUAUGAUAAUAUUAUUGAAAAAUCCCGAAUAAAAUUAUUAAAACCAAUGAUUAAAAAUUUUGAACUUGAUCAUAAAUAUACUAAAGAAGACGUUCAUACUGUUGAUGCAUAUGAUCUUGAUAAAGAAUUAUUUGAUUUCAAUACAGAUACAAAAGAUAUUAAUCAACCAGCAAUGUUCACAGAAUAUAUCCCUGAAUUUUUUCAAAAACAAGCAGAAGAAAAACAAAUUCGUCGUAUUUCAUUAACAGCUAUUAAAACUGAUGAACAUCUUAGUAAACAUCUUGCACCAAGAAUAUCUCGAUUAUAUAAUGGAUGGCAACCAAGUGAUACACCUUGUGUACAUACAGAUGAAUUUCGUCCAUUAAAUAAAUAUCUUAUGUCUGAUAUAUCGUAUUAUUUUGAUGAAGAUUUUAUUGAUGAAUCAGGUCUAUUUCAAAAUCAAAAGAAUUUCGAUAAACUACAACCUCGAAUAAAACAACCAACUCAACGUUUUCGUGAUGAUUAUAUUGUUAAAGAAUUUUUUAAUUGUUGGAAAGAUUAUACUACUGAAAAAGCUCGUAUUGCUGAACUAAGAAGAAAACGUGUUACGAUUGAUUUUCGUGAAUUUUGGUUUCAAGAUGCUUUUUCAGAUCCAUUCUAUUCGUAUUUUGAACAACCAUCAGAUUAUAUCAAAAAACAAAAUAAUCAUCAUCAAAUGGCUUAUCGUCUUCAUAAACGUCUUAUACGUACAGGUCGUGAACAACCAAAAGAAACAAUGAAUCAUACAAAUCGUUCUACUUUUCUACCUCUUCUAUUUAAUCUUCCUAAAAAUCAUCUUGAUCGACAAGUAUCACUUGCACGACGUCGUCAACAAUUAAUCAAUACUAAUAAUGAAAAUUAUCUUAUUCCUAUAACAAAUCCUAGUGAACUUUUACCAUUGAUACGUGAACGUAUUCAAUUUCUUAAUCAAACUAAAACUCAUAUCCAUAGACAUCGUGAUGAAUUAGCUAUCGAACAACUUUUAAUCAAUAGUACAUCAAUAAAACAAGCAACAAUCAAAGAUUUAGAUGAUUUGAUCAUUGACUAUUAUAAAACAUUAGAAGAACAAAAAAUCAAAAGUUCUUCAGCAUCAUCUAGUAAUAUUAUCAAAUUACCUAUGUUAAAACAAUCAUCUCGGCCAAUACUAACUAUUACCAAAUAG